UGUGAUUUAUUCCAAUUCAUUUGGCUGUGGCAACAACAACCAGGUUUUGGGGGCAAAAUGGCAAAGAAAGUGCUGAUUGUGUAUGCUCACCAGAGCUCUAGCUCAUUCAAUGCUGCAGCUAAAAAUAUUGCUGUGGAGGUUCUGACUGCUCAGGGCUGCACAGUGGAAGUCUCUGACCUGUAUGCCAUGGGUUUUAAAGCCACUGCUACAGCCGAGGAUAUCAAAGGAGACUUGAAGGAUGCUGAGAACUUCAGUUAUCUUGAAGAAUCCAAACUUGCAUGGGAGCAGGGAAGACUUUCAGAUGACAUCACAAAAGAGCAGUCUAAGCUCACUGAGGCAGACUUGGUCAUCUUUCAGUUCCCCAUGUACUGGUUCAGUGUUCCUGGCAUCCUGAAGGGCUGGUUUGAUCGGGUGCUCACCAAUGGCUUUGCCUUUUCACAAAAGAAACCCUACGGUCUGGAAACCUUCAAGGACAAGAAAGUCAUGCUGUCCGUCACCACUGGGUCUCCAGAAUCCAUGUUCUGUACAAUUGGUAUUAAUGGAGACAUAAAUGUCACACUGUGGCCACUACAGAAUGGCAUCCUGCACUACUGUGGCUUCCAGCUUCUGUCCCCUGAGGUCUUCUGGGCUCCGGCUCUUGCUGCUGCUGAAGAUCGUAAGAAGAUGCUGGAGAGCUGGCGCACACGACUACAAGGCCUGCUGGAAGAGGAGCCCCUGUCCUUCACUCCCUUGUACUGUUUUGACAAGAAGACUUUCCAGUUGAAAUAUGUCGGCGAAGAGUUUGGUCUGUCUGUGGGCAUCCACCGGAGCAAUCCACAGUCGUCUCGGAGCCAGAUGGAUUGAUGCUGAGCUGUUGCCAUUGUAUGACCAAUUAAAACUGGUUUAUUCUGAAGCUGUGAGGUUUUUGUGACUUGACUUCAAGUUGCACUUAUUCAUAGUCUAAAUGUGAACCAAACCUGUUAAAAUUAAAGGAAUGAU